AUGAAUGACAUCGAGUGGAAUACCUGGAAGAUCUCGCGCACGUUCUUCGCCAUUCCGGCAGUGGAUUGCCCAAUUGUGGCCCUAUCUACCUCAGCAAAGCACAACUCGCUGUAUCUCGGUGUUUUGGACAAGCGAGUCUCCGGGCCUGGACUGCCUGGGAUCGGUUGGUACCCUCCCCGUCCAGAGUCUUUGGCCGCGAUUCGUCCUAGACCUUUAUCAGACAAGAGUGAGUGGGUGUGGCACCCAAUCGCGAAGUUGAACGAAAUGGAAACCCUUUCAGGAAAUAAGACGUGUCGUCGUCCGUCCGGUCUUUACGCCGUGCUUUGCUCCUCCUCAACCCCCAAUUUUUCCGGUAGCUCGUACUACUGCGUACGGAUUACCCGCCAUGCCUCGGUUCUUCUCCCAUCUUCCCCAGCUUUGCCCAGACGCAUAGCUCAGAACCCCCGCAUCGACAGGGGUCUGAUGCGGAGAUCUAGCGUCACGAAGCCUGGAGGUGCUUCCCCCCCAGGUUUAGAUGCAUCACUUGUAAUCCAAGGUCUCGCCGGAAAGGACCCGGCCAUUGGCCGAUAG